ACCAUUAUUUCUUCAAAGUUAAACUUCAACGUAUUCUGGUCUGACCGGUUGCCUUUGCGAAACUGAAAGUUUAAAAUAAAAUCGGAGUAAAGAAAGGGCAAUGACGGUCUCUGUCAGCGACUUUGUUUCACUCCUUUCCUUAUGUCACGUUUGUCCUUUAUUAUCUAAAUUUUGGUGGUUAAUUCCUAAUUUUAAUUAGUUUCUUCCACUAAAAGCAGCAGACAUUUGACUUUACCGUUAAACACCAGCAUGGCAGGAAUGUCUGAACAAUGGACAGAGAUAACGCCUGCCACUGAAGAAACUCAGAAGAUCUGUGACAUGGUGAAGAGAGACGCAGAGACAAAGUGGACCAAACAGAGCUAUGAAAUAUUUAAGGCCAUUGAAUACAGGGCACAACCAGAGUCAGGAACAAACUUUCUCAUCAAGGUUCAUGCAGGAGGAAGUGAAUACCUCCAUAUUUAUGCCUACCAAAGCUCUCCGAAAAAGGGAGAGAUUAAAACUUUACUGAAGAGGGUAGAGAAACACAAAGAAGGAGAUCCUCUGGAGCCCAUCAGACCUUUGAACUGAUGGGAAAACACAAAUUCACCCCGGCAGCCUUUCAGCAAAAUUCUAUCAUUAUGAUAUUAGUGGUUGUUUUAUAAAGCUACUUUGCAGUGUGAUUUUCAGUCUGGGUGCAAUAAUAUUUGGAAAAUGUGCUAAAAUAUAAUAAAUAUAGCUAAAACCUCUCAAAAGGCUUUUGGUUUUAUAAAAAUAUCUCAAGUCUAAACUUAAGAAACAUAAGAAAAAGGACAAAAACAAACAAAAAAAAAACAAGAAGCACAGUGUGUUCACUAUGUAGGCAUAUUGUAAGAAUAUCUUGAUCCAAUCCUGAAAAGCAGUCCAAGGUCCUGAUCAAAGCUUUUUUUUGAAAAAAAAAAAAAA